UCAUGCCGCUAAUUAUUAAUUCAGAUGACGUUAAAUGGCAUGAAACGAAAGAAAGAAUUAGCAUUGUAGUACCACUAUUUUCUCGUGUUGAUGUGAAGACUUCUAUUCUGACAACAAGCAGGUAUUUAAAAGUAAGCUCACCACCUUCGCUUUGGGAAUGUUUUUUGGCUGCUGCUGUUGACCCAGCUACAAGCAUUGCUAGAAUUGGACACAAUAAUGUUUCUUUUGAUCUGCGAAAACAAUCUCCAGAGCUCUGGAAUGACUUAACAGAUAAAAGAGCAGACUGUGAGGAGUAUCGUAGGAAAGAAAGAGAAAAUGCUUAUGAAGAGAAUCAAGCGGAACUGCAUCAAACUGCAGAAAUGAAGUCCAAAAAGCAAAAUGAGCUACACCAGGCCAGCGUACGCAAACAGAUGCAUUUAGAAGAUCAAGAAAGAAGGCUCAUAGAAAAGGAGAAAAGAAUGGAAAAUGAGAGAGUUACUGCCGCAAUCGAGCAAAUGAAAAAAGAACAAGCGAGAGUUAAUAGAAUAAUUAUGGAAAAAAAAGAAGCCAUGCAAAAAUUACAGAAUAUGCCUCCGCCCAGGAAGAGUGCUCAUAUCACAGUGAGUUUUACACCUCGGGUUUUCCCAACAGCUGCUAGGGAAUCAAUGGAAGCUGAAGAGAAUGAG